AUGACAGUGGAGGUCGAGGGUGGUGGUGGCAAGCAGGAGAGUGAGAGGAGAUCCUCUUGCUCGGGUGGCGCAGUCGUGCUCUCGAGCCGCACCAACCGUAGCUGCCGUCGUCGGACCUCUCUUUCCGCCUCUAACUCCCGCCCGCGCCGGCGCACGCGCACGCGCACGCGCGUUCCAGCUCUGUCUCUCUGUCUUUCUCUCUCUCCCUUCGCAGCAACCCAGCCCCGCCUCUCUCGUUCUUUUGCAGCUCUACCGCCCCGAUGCACAGCCAGUCUUUGCCGUCGCCACGCCUACCUCGCAGAUUCCAAGUCGAAACUACGGCUAACUCAUGGGACGCGGCCUAGACUGGCGCUUUACGAAAGAGAUUUUCCUGGAAAAGAAAUUAAGUACAGAUUUACCGCUCAGGACAUGAGGAGGGAGCCAGGCAUAUCUACCUUCGAUGAGGGGAAGCUGCAAUUAGCUACGAUAACUCGACAGUGUGAAAAAUGUGGCAACGAUGAAUUUGAGUAUACUGGGAAACAGAUUAGAUUGGCAGAUGAAGGGCAAACUAAAUUUUUUAUGUGCACCAGAUGCGGGGAUACUAUUACAGAAUACCAACCGUACAACUUAUCAUAUUGUUGUGUAAUGUUUGGAUUCCCAGGGCUUUUUACCAAUGUGGUGAUGUUUACACUGCUAAGUUUCUUGUUUCAAGUAUCUGCACUUUUUGUGGAAUUUCCAGAAUGA